AUUAUUCAUCACCAAAUAAAUUGUGGUUUUCAUUUUGCCUCUGCAGACUGCAGAUCCAAGCUGUUCAUAUCUCUCUUCUCUCUCUCUCUCUCUCUCUCUCUCUUAAAUUGUUUUAGGAAUCAAUCAAAAACUGGAACCACUCUUCUCUGUACAUCAUCAUCAUCAUUACAAUCAUCAUUUAUCAUUUGAAUCAAGCAGAAAUUUUCUUCUCGCAGCUCGUCCACCAAUUUCCUUAUUUUUCAUUCUAUCCGCCCCAAAUUUGUUAUCGUUUUUGUGUGCUCCAGCUAUCAGGCACGUUUGAUUUCAUCUGUUUUAGUUUUGUAAAGGUUUUCGAUAGUAGAAAAGCUGGGGAAGAAAGUCAAAAGCUCGCUUGAUUUUGAUUUCAUCGGGGAAUGCUAUACCUGAAGCAGCCUACGGUGGUGGUAGCGAGAGGAAGUAGAGGAAGAGUUGUGAGUUGUAAUUGAAUGCCAGCGUGAUUGAUUCCCGAGCCCGAGGCUCGGGGCUCGCGAAGAAUAUUUGGAAAGCAAUGGAAGAUGUGUCGAAUAUUGUACAGCUAGAACAACAUGAAGUUCAGCCUGAUUCUCCACCUCCUGCGCCGCCUCCUGAGGGGUUAAUGCAGAAAUUCAGGCUCUAUGAGACUCGAUCGAAUUUUUAUAUGGUAGGAAGGGACAAAACUAGAACCUUCUGGAAAAUUUUGAAAAUUGAUAGAUUGGAACCAUCAGAGCUUAACAUUCAUGAAGAUUCUGCCACAUAUACUGAGCGGGAGUGCUCAGAUCUCUUAAGAAGAAUACAUGAAGGAAACAGAGCUACUGGGGGACUUAAAUUUAUUACUACUUGCUAUGGCAUCGUUGGAUUCAUUAAAUUUCUUGGGCCAUAUUACAUGGUGCUCAUAACAAAAAGGGAGCAGAUCGGUGUAAUAUGUGGUCACAAUGUGUAUGCUAUAUCAAAAAGCGAGAUAAUUCCCUUGCCAAAUUCGGCAGUUGGAGCCAAUAUGGUCAACUAUAAGAAUGAGAACAGAUACAAGAAGCUCUUGUGCAUGGUGGAUCUUACUAAGGAUUUCUACUUUAGUUACUCCUACCAUGUGAUGAGAAGUCUCCAGAGGAACAUGUGUGAUAAUGAGACUGGGCAAGUCUUGUACGAAACUAUGUUUGUGUGGAAUGAAUUUCUGACUCGUGGAAUACGAAAUAUUCUUCAGAACACUGUAUGGACUGUUGCCUUGGUCUAUGGCUUUUUUAAGCAGGCUACACUUUCUAUAUCAGGAAGGGAUCUCAAGCUGACUCUAAUUUCCAGGCGUUCACGACAUUAUGCUGGCACUAGAUAUCUGAAGCGAGGUGUCAAUGAGAGGGGCAGAGUGGCAAAUGAUGUUGAGACCGAGCAAAUUUUAACCGAGGAUAUUCCAGAAGGACUGCCUUUGCAAAUUAGUUCUGUGGUCCAAAAUCGUGGGUCAAUACCACUCUUCUGGUCACAGGAAACCUCCCGCCUAAAUAUCAAACCGGAUAUUAUAUUGUCAAAGAGGGACCAAAGAUAUGAAGCUACAAGGCUUCAUUUUGAAAAUCUUGCCAAUAGAUAUGGGAAUCCCAUCAUUAUUUUGAAUUUGAUUAAGACAAAUGAAAAGAGGCCGCGAGAAUCCAUUCUUCGCACAGAGUUUGCCAAUGCCAUUGAAGUAAUAAAUAGGGAUCUUUCUGAGGAGAAUCGUCUUAAAUUUCUCCACUGGGAUCUGAAUAAACAUUCUCGAAGCAAAUCUGCAAAUGUAUUGCUACUGUUGGGAAAGGUGGCUACAUAUGCUUUGAUGCUAACAGGUUUUUUCUAUUGUCAAGCCACACCAGAGAUGCUAUCAGGGGGACAACUUAAAUGCCCUAGUUAUGAGAAUCUUUUUGCCCCUGGCAUGGCUACCUCAACAAAUUCUCAUUCUGAGAAUGGAAAGCAUAAUGAUGAGGAGACUGAGGAUUCUGAUAACUCAGAUAGAAAAUCCAGUGGGGGAAAUAGUAGCACAAACAGUAAUCCUUCUGUCAGGCCACCAAUGAUCCAAAAGGGAGUGCUUCGGACUAAUUGCAUAGAUUGUUUGGAUCGCACAAAUGUUGCGCAGUAUGCAUAUGGCUUGGCUGCUUUAGGACACCAGUUGCGUGCCUUGGGAGUAAUGAACUCGACAAAGAUGGACCUUGAUGAUCCUUUGGCUGAAGAAUUGAUGGGAUGUUAUGAGAGAAUGGGUGAUACUCUAGCACACCAGUACGGUGGAUCUGCUGCUCACAACAAAAUUUUCUCUCAGAGAAGAGGCCAAUGGAAAGCAGCAACACAGUCACAGGAGUUUUUCCGCACACUACAGAGAUAUUAUAACAAUGCAUACUUGGAUGGAGAGAAACAAAAUGCAAUUAAUGUAUUUUUGGGACAUUUUCAACCUCAACCAGAUAAACCUGAUUUGUGGGAGCUUGAUUCAGAUCAGCAUUACAAUGUGGGAAGAAAUGGACAAUCAAAUUCAGAUCAAUAUGGAAGGUCACUUUUCAAAAGAUCAUGGUCAGAUGGGAACAUCCUUCGUGAAAGUCAUUCACCCUCAUCUACACCAAACAUUAAUAAAGUUAUGUCCAGCGCUGGUUUCCCUGGUGAAUCGAAUAGAAGAAGCAAGAUUAUUUCCGAGUCUGUACCAAAUAUGUGUACAUCAGAAAGCGAGUUAGCAUAUUCGAGUGAUACUUCUCCAAUGCCUACUAGGGAUCUUUUUGCUGAAAUGCAAAGAGUAAGGUACCUUGAACAUGAAAAUGGAGAUGCAGUUGACUGCUCAAACUUUGUUGACUUAGAUUGGCUCUCUUCCUUUGGAAAUUCAUGCGAGGAAGAGCUAUUAGAAAGGUCAAUGCUGCUAGCAUCUCCAACAGCUGUGCUAUCGUCAGAAAAUGUUAUCAAUGAAACAAUUAGUGAAAUCACGCCAUCCACCAGUGAAUGUGGAUCCAGCAGAAGGGGUAGAGAUCACACCGGGACUGAGCUUGGCUACACUGAAGCCCAAAAUUAUGAAGUUCUCGAAGAUUUCUCUGAUAGUUUUGUGCGUUGGGUGACCUACGGGGAAGCAAUCUGCCAUUGAAGGCUAUAAUUUUGUCUCCGGGACUAAUAGCUAUCGGCUCCAGGAACUGUUGGCACAGCAAGAAAGCUGGGCGGUACCUGGGAAGAUAACUUAGCUUGAAAGAGUAAAUAGACUACAGUUUUUAAGAUUCUUUUGGAGCUCUCCUCUGUUCCUUUUUUCCUUUCCCUUCUGUUUAUGUGCUCUGAUAUUUAGUCCUCCACACCACCUCUAGUAGUAUAUGUGUAUAUAUCCAUAUCAUAAACUAAUGGUCGGAGCUCCACCUUCUUAGCACUAGGCUACUAUUAUUGAUUCUUUUCAUUUAUUUGUGGAUUUUACUUUGGUCGAAACAA